AUGGAAAAUGAUAUAAUUGGUUUAGAACAAAUUUUUCCUGAUGCCUAUAUUCAAAAUAUUACAUUAAUAUCAAUGUAUUGUUUUGAAUUAAAGAAAAGUCUAGCAGAUGAAGCAUUAAAUAUUAUGAAAAAUUUUAUUAAUACCCAGUUACAUGAUAAUUACAAUCAUUUGAAGAGAUGUAAAAAAACAAAUGAUAAUGUACAAAUUUUAAUAGGGUUUUGUAAGAAUAUACCAAGUGAGUUAUAUAAAGAGUUAACAGAUAUAAAUAAAGGAGAUAUUGAAAUAAAAGAAGUAAAAGUCUCUAGAUAUCCACCUAUGACAAAAAAACAGUAUUCCGAAUGGUCUAAAUUUUGGCCACUUUAUUAUCGUAAGCCUGCUUAUGAUUUAUCUACCUUAACAAAAGAACAGAUAAAAAAAUACAUAAAUUUUAUAAAAAUUUCCAUUGACGUUGGAAAAAAUUUUGGCACAUGUCAAAGUGGAUGUAUAUUGACAUACAAUGAUAAAAUAGUAGCAUCUUCUGGUGAUAAUAUAAAAAAUCAUCCUUUACAACAUUCCGUUAUGCUAGCUAUUGAAGAAGCUUCAUAUAAAUUACGGCAUUUAUUACAAAUAAAAAAAAUGAUAAGUAUCAGAAAUUGUGAGCAUAACAAUAAAAUUAAUAAUUACUUAAGCAAAUCAUGUAUACAACCUUUAACAUACGAAAACAGUAAGUUGAAAGAUUUUAAAGAACAAAAUAAUAAUAAUAAUGUGAAAAAAUCCACAGUAGUUAAAGAGGAAAAUUGUAAAUGUGAUGAAAAAAUGUUAAAAGAUGAUGAUAAAAACUUAAAUUUAAAUAUAUACAAACCAAUAAAAAUAAAUCAAUAUCUAUGUACUAAUUAUUUUGCUUAUUUAAGUCAUGAACCUUGUUUUAUGUGUGCUAUGGCAAUGGUACAUUCUCGAAUAAAAUGUGUUAUAUUUGAUAAAGUAAAUAAAGAAAAUGGUGCUUUAUUUAGUAAAGAAAAAUUGCAUUGUUUAAAAAAUCUUAAUCAUCAUUUUAAAGUGUUUAAAACUAUAAGAAAAAAUUCGUAA